UUGAUAUCACCAACAUCCCCAUCCGUCAAAUUACUAGUCCAUUAAGAUGGGGUGGCUUACCUCGCUCCAAGCCUUUGGACGCGAUGAGAGGGUCAUUCUUGUCACGAUCGGGAUGGCUACUGCCUGCGUGGUGUCCUCCAUGUUCACGGCAUUGGUCAUCAUGCGCGACGACACGGCGCUUCCUCCAGUCCAGCCCAAGUCGCGUUACAUUACGCAAGACACCGAAGACUCGCUCGAGAUCGAUACCCUAGAGAAGCUUCUGAAUCACCCAAGCUAUUCGAUAGGCGAUAUCGCAACCAAAAUAUUAUGCGACCGCGCCGUCAACAACCCUGAUGCGAUCAACACACUGCUCUUCGGCAUCACCCAACCUGAUUACGAUGAGCGUCUGCGAUCCUUGCGCGCGCUUGCCCUGUUGACAGGUUACGAUGGACUGCCGACCCUGCAUCGACCGGCAACAUACUUCGCCUUGGUUAAAUCGCUGCAGCACAGUCUGAACGACGUCGAACCCCCGAAACUUGACGAUUCCCGCUGGGACGAAUACUUGCUGCGCGACAUAGCUGAGAGGUUCUGCCUCAUGCUGAUCCUGGAGCUGAUCAACGACAAUGGGGCUGGCACACUGAUCAAGGCCAAGUUUGUCGAAAAGUGGCUAUCAAAGCAGGACUGGGGCGAGAGUCCCAGCGAGCGACGACAGAACUUUGCCGCCUACAUGGACUUCAAAAGCAAUAGGAUCGUCACAAUCGUCGGUCAUAUUCAGCGCUCGAAGAAAGGGCUGAAAGCACUCGAAAAGGCAGGCCUCAUCGAAGAGGUCGCGGCGAAGCGGCAGAUCCAGGAGCUUCCCGAUGCUGUGAUGAAGACUCUGCCGGUUAUUGAUCUCCGCGAGUCCAUUGAGCCCGCAGAUCCGCAGGUUGCUCGGCCCAUGGAGCAGUCUGUAGAGGAGCAAAGGAUUCGUCGCCAACACCGCGAAGCCAUGGUUCUCAACGACGGUUCCAGACCAUUUGGACGGGGUGACAUAUUCGAGCGAGACCAUGCAACUCCAGACUAGUAAUUUCGCUGCUGUCUCUCUCAUCGAACGAUUUUAUGAUAAAGAUACAUGUGGUGCAAGUCGCCUGCAGAAAAUGUCCGGGCGCGACAGCACGGCCAUUAUACGACUGCUCCUUGCCGCGCGGAAAGCUCGCGCGUAGCUCUGGGAGGCAAGGUCGCGAGGAUGGAGUUGUGGAGGUAAUACCAGGACUAUUCUCUAGAUCCGGUAUAGGGCAAGCAUCGCGCAAGGCAAGCAGAAGGUGCGCCAUGUGCCGGGCCCGGAAAGCUGGAAGCGUAGCUCGUUGAAGCUGAGCAUUGCUGACCAGAGGUUCUGCGAUUCGCGUCGAGCCAGGCUAGCUCCCAGAUGCAUAUUAGCAUCGGGGCGUCAUAACGCCGCCAUCCUGUUACCAACCCUAAAAUUCAAGUCUUGUAUCGUUGUAUGAAAUAAUAGGGCUUUAGUUGUCAUACUAAGUUAUAUCUCGCAAGUGACAGGCAGUGCUAC